AUGUACAUCGCCACUUCUCCUCGUUUAGCUUUGCUCCCCAGCUGCAAAUCCCCCGACUUCAAGAUGCCGUCGCACAAGUCGUUUAUGAUCAAGAAGAAACUGGGCAAGAAGAUGAGGCAAAACAGGCCUAUUCCUCACUGGAUUCGUCUUCGUACCGACAACACAAUCAGGUACAAUGCCAAGCGCAGGCACUGGCGUAGAACCAAGCUCGGAUUCUAAGUGAUCUCUUCUUCUAAAAGAAUGUUAUUUUCUGAUGGGUUUAGCAUUUCCAGUUUUUGGUUUCAUGUUAUGACAUUUUCACUUUUCUGUAAGACCUAUCGCUCUUAUGAUUGAUGUUACCAAAUUUUCUAUCGAUAAGAGUGAGUUACUUUAUAUCGAUUUUGUUACUUGACUACUAAAGUAUCUUGUUUUGUUCUGGCAAUUUAAAACUUGGAUUAUGGUUUA